AUGUCGAAGGCGGCCGGAGGUACGGCGGCGGCGGCGGAAAGUUGUCCCUCAGCCUCUGCCGGCCCGCCCGCCGCCGCCACCGCGGAGGACCUGUCCAAAGUGUCGGACGAGGAGCUGCUGCAGUGGAGCAAGGAGGAGCUGAUCCGCAGCCUGCGGCGCGCCGAGGCCGAGAAGGUGAGCGCGAUGCUGGACCAUAGCAACCUCAUCCGCGAGGUGAAUCGCCGCCUGCAGCUGCACCUCGGCGAGAUCCGCGGGCUCAAGGAUAUCAACCAGAAACUCCAGGAGGACAACCAGGAGCUGAGGGACCUCUGCUGUUUCCUGGAUGAUGACCGGCAGAAAGGCAAGAGGGUGUCCCGCGAGUGGCAGAGACUGGGCCGCUACACGGCUGGGGUGAUGCACAAGGAAGUGGCCUUAUACCUGCAGAAGCUGAAGGAGCUGGAGGUGAAGCAGGAGGAGGUGGUGAAGGAGAACAUGGAGCUCAAGGAGCUCUGCGUGCUGCUCGAUGAGGAGAAGGGCGCAGGCUGUGCGGGCAGCCGCUGCUCCAUCGACAGCCAGGCCAGCCUGUGCCAGCUCGCCGCCUCCACGGCGCCCUACGUGCGGGACGUGGGCGACGGCAGCAGCACGUCCAGCACGGGCAGCACCGACAGCCCCGACCAUCACAAGCAGCACGCGAGCAGUGGCAGCCCAGAGCACCUGCAGAAGCCCCGGGGCGAGGGCAGCCCGGAGCACACCAAGCACCGGAGCACCAGCCCCGAGCACCUGCAGAAACCCAGAGCCUCCGGGACCCCGGAUCACCCAAAAGCACUCAAAGGACCCAGCCCUGAGCACCACAAACCCUUGUGCAAGGGCAGCCCCGAGCAGCAAAGGCACCCGCACCCUGGGAGCAGCCCCGAGACGCUGCCCAAGCACGUGCUAAGCGGGAGCCCGGAACACUUUCAGAAGCACAGGCCGGGGGGCAGCCCUGAACACGCCAGGCACAGCGGAGGGAGCCCGGAGCAUCUCCAGAAACACGCCCUCGGUGGGAGCCUGGAGCAUCUACCCAGAGCCAGGGGCACCAGCCCUGAGCACCUCAAACAACAUUUUGGGGGGAGCCCCGAUCACAAACAUAUGGGCGGAGGAGGCGGAGGCAGCGGUGGAGGCAGUCGGGAGGGUACCCUCCGAAGGCAGGCGCCGGAGGACGUGUCGCCCCAUCACCGGAGUGUCUACAGUGGCAUGAACGAAUCAACCUUGUCCUAUGUUAGGCAGCUGGAGGCGAGAGUAAGACAGCUGGAGGAAGAAAAUCGCAUGCUGCCCCAGGCCACCCAGAAUAGAAGGCAACCUCCAACUAGAAACAGCUCAAAUAUGGAGAAAGGCUGGGGUCCCAGAGCCCGGCGGGUCUUGCAGUGGUGGCAAGGGUGCCGAGGAAUAGGAAGAUGCCUGCCCACUCUCCCGGGUUCUUUUAGGUUGUCAUCAGGGGCUGAUGGGAGUAACAGUCCACCCAACUCUCCAGCUAGCUUCAGUGGACAUACCACACCUUCUCAGCAGCCUGAACCCGUGGUACAUUCUCUUAAGGUCUUGGAUGUUCAGGAAACUAUAGAUCGUCAACAGGGUAAAGAGUAUGAAAAUGACCUUAGUGAGACAGAAAAAGCUAUAGUCAGAGAAAUGUGCAAUGUUGUGUGGAGGAAACUUGGAGAUGCUGCAGGUUCCUGUCCUGGAAUUAGGCAACAUUUGUCUGGAAACCAGUACAAAGGACCAAUGUGAAAGGCACUCUUUCAAACAAGAUAUCACCACUGCCAGAGAGAGAAAAGAAGAAAAAAAAACCUGGACUCAUUGAAUAACCUGGAGUGAUUGUGUAUUGCAUAUAUUUUCCCUCUAAAACCUUUAGUAUUACUGAUGCUGUAUUUCAUGUCUCUCAUUUCCAUGUCCACAACAGCUUUGAAAAAUCACCAUUUGGGUACCACUAUUUUCAUUAGAACUAAAAUGUUUUUGACUCCUCAGAUCUAAGCUUGUCACUGGGAAACCUGCAUGAUUGGAAAAAUCCAGUAGGGCCUCAAUAGGUUUGAAGGAGUUGACUCAUUGCACAGAAUGGUGGGACUUUUCUAGCAUGCUGUGUUGAGGAAGAGGGGUCUUCCAGCUUUCCAAGUUUGGGAGUUGGGCACCUACUUCUUAUAGUCAACAAAUUACGAAUUCCUGAUGCAUAGUGAAUUUGGAUAUAAGAUAAGCUUAGGUUUCUGGGAUUUUGUUUUGACUGUUGAGGUGCUAAAAAUACCACAUAAAUUCUCUUUACCAGCUAAAAGGGUAGCAAGACUUUGUAGAGUGCUUAUCAGAGAGUACCAUUUAUUUCAAGUGAUCAAGAUAAAUAUAGCUUUUCUUUUAAUCUUGCUAUAUUCAUGAAGACACAUCGUGGGGACAUGCCAACUUCCAUAUUCAUUCAGUGUAUCCAUUGAUGUUAUUAAUUCCAGUUAAAGAACAAGCAAACAUAAUUUUUCUAAGUGUUUCCAGCUGUGAGAUGUCAAUUUCUACAAUUUAGUUUCUAGAUCUGUUAUAUUUAAUAAACUUUAUGUAAACUUUAAAAUAUUGCACUGCAUUUAUGAAAAAAGCUUUCUUUGCCUACAGCAGCUAACGUUUUAUGAAACUGACGCAUGUCCUUCAUUGUUGAGGCUAAAAGCUCUUCAGAUUGCUUGAGGUUUGAAAAAGAGGUGUGCUAGCUUUGCUUAGUUUAUUUUUGGUAUAUAUAUACAUACUAGACUGUAUCGGAAAUGCUAUGAUAGGUAUUUUGUGUUUUUUUUCAAAUGUAAUGAUAGUUUCUUGUAUGAAUGUGCAAGAGGCCUGUGCCAGAAUGCUAAGUUUUUAUUGUAGUUUAAAAUUAUAAAAGUAGGAAUGCAACAAUUCCCAGUUUUUAGAUUUCUUCUAAAUUACUCAGAUUGGAUUCAUAGCAGAUAUUCAUCGUUGUUGUUUUUAAAUGGACUCAUUACAGUGUGUUAUUGGUGAAAGAACGUAAAGGACUUUCGUUAUACUUUUUAAAAUGUUACUGUGAUGAAAAAACAGCCCUCUGUUUUCAGAAAAUAUUUAUGAAUUAAUUUACUAUAGAAUUAUCUCUAAUUAUUGUAACUGGCUUACCAGUUAAGCUUAUCUUUCUUUUUGAAAUGUUAUAUUAUUACUCUGUAAAAGAAAAGUGCUUGCUAUAUUUACACCUUCUCUUGUAGAAAAGCUUUCAUCCUUAAAUUGUUGUAUUCCUACGCUCUGAAGACAUUUAAACCAAGUUUUUGUGCCUGCAGUAGAUGCUGCAGAAGCUAAUACAAGGAACAGUGGUCUUUUGACA